AUGUCGCGGCACCGUCCGGCUUCGGAGCCCCGACACCGGUCCCGCCGGCGGUCCUCGGAGCGGGGCAUCCCCGGCGCCGAGAAAUUCCAAUCACGGCCUUACCUCCUUGAGUGGAACGGGCAAAACUGUCGACAAAAAGGUAUUCUCGAUGCGGAGGAUUUGAGGGAAGAGAUGGCAACGGCGGAGCGGCCGGGAUGGAGGAGGAUGGUGGUUAUGAGGGGCGAGUGUGAUUUGGGUGUUGUGUUGGAGAUGGAGAUGGAGAAGACUGGGAGGGGAUGGACGUGGGAGUUUGCUGAGACGGAGAGGGGAAGACGAAGGGGUGGAAGGGAAGAAGAAGACGAUGAUGGAGGAAUGGAUAGCGAAGGUAUUCGCAUCUGUCGGGCGUCGCUCACGAUCAAGAAUCGGCUGCCUAUACUCUUACUCGACGGCCUUCCCCUCCGAAUACCCCCACGUCCUUCGAGACCUUCUCAAUAUACUAGACCACCAAGCACGACACGCCCAGAGUCCAUAUCGCAAGGAAAACGCCCACCACAGAGAUCCGAACUCGAGGACGCUCUCUGGCAAGCCCUGGUUGACACACGGAGUCUUGAAGAUCUCGUAGCAGAGAUUGUAUACGACUCUUGGCUCGAGAAACUCGACUCUUUGCCUCCUUUGGGAUCUGAUACUGUGGAUGUUCAGUGGACGAUUGCCAGAGCCCUCGAGACCAACGCAGAUUCAACAAGGGCUAUGGAGCGUCGAGGAGAGUUUAGCACUGUCACGUCUGCAGACUGGACAUAUCUCUCUGAACGUCUUCAAAGACGUCUUCAACUCUCUGCCACUAUUGCGUUGAGUAUACAGUCCCAGGAAGCACACGAUGAGCCCAAGGACACAAACUCCCGGAGUCUCGAUCGCAUAGCUUACCUGGGAGGUCUUCUCCUCCCUCUGACGGUCGUAUCGGGAAUUCUCUCCAUUGAAGGAACCUACGGUCCUGAAGGAUCUGCAUUCUGGGUGUUUUGGCUCGCAUCUGGCUUAUCUUCCAUCGUUGCUCUCCUUGUCAUCUACGCAGACCACCUUCGAACACUCGACGUAUGGAUGGAAGUCGCAGCAGGAGAAGUCCUCGAAGGUCUAGAUCUAGACCACCACAACAGCGAGAACCGCUUCCAAGCGAAUCGAUAUACGAGUUAUAGCCGUCAACCACGUCGACGACAGUAUCGCACCAGCGGUGGAGAUCCAGAGCGCGGAGAGGCGAGGUUGACAACUGCUUCUGACGGAGGCGUGUAUGUCGUACAGCAUCGCGGUGAUGGAACGAGGAGCAAGGCGUGGAGGAAGGGAGAGUUGGGAUGGCUUGGUGCUGUGAAGAAGAUGAGUGGGUGGUAUCGUUGGAGGGGAGCUCAGGGGAUCGAGUUUCGGAUGCCAGUGUGGGAGGAGAAGGUGAAGGACUUGAUUUGGUGA